AACACAAGCCAGUCUUUGUAAUGAUUUUUGUCUUGAUCAAGAAAGAGAAGGGAAGAGUAUAUUUGGUUUGUACUUUUAGAAUAACUUCAAAAGAGUCCAAGGUUAUAUUCAGAAACAUUUAAUCAGCUUAAUGAAUCAUGCCACCAAUUCUUCUUUUCACUUUGAAAUAUUCAUCCCUGAGAGAAUAUCUCGGGUAGUUUUUCUCACAGAUGUUUUCUCACAACUAAGUGACCCCCGGCUGGGAAGCGCAUUGGGCGGGCUGCAGAGCCACGAGAAGACGGGGGAGCUUGAAUCUUUUAUCGGAGGAAUGACCACGUUGCGGAGAGAACGAUUGUGACACUGCUGCUUGCUCCUGCAUGGCCGCACAUUUCUCCACUCGACUCCCCGUUUGCAUCGGCCAAGAGGACAGAAAACAAGGUGGGGGACGCUGUGCUCUUUUUAGCCGGGUGCCGCUGCGCACAUUCGGUGCGCUCCUGCAGACUGACUGCGCCCAGGCUGCGGUCAGCGGAGCUCUCCAUGCAUCCGAGCCGCAGAUAGACACUUUGCUCCGGCGGGAUUCCACGCAUCGACGCCCUUUUAUAAUCCAUUAUUGUUUCACUCCGAGCCUCGAGUGAAAGAAGAGCACAAAAACAGCCUCAUCUGCAAGUUUACGCGCGUCGACUGUGCAGCCGCUGCACGAUGGCGGUGACGGCGAAAGCGGCGCUGCUUCUCCUGAUUGUCACCGUCUCACAAACUGCCUUUUGUGCAGAGGUGGAGGAGCGUCUGGUGGGUCACCUGUUGUCAGGUGACCGAUACAACAAACUGAUCAGACCGGCCGUCAACAACAGCCAGCAAGUCACCAUUUACAUCCAAGUGUCUCUCGCUCAGCUGAUCAAUGUGAAUGAGAGGGAACAGAUCAUGACCACCAACUGUUGGCUCACUCAGGUGUGGAACGACUACAGAUUAAUGUGGGACCCCGAUGAGUAUGAUGGCAUCAAGAAAAUCCGCCUCCCGACACAACACAUUUGGCUGCCAGACAUCGUCCUCUACAACAAUGCUGACGGCACCUAUGAAGUCUCCUUCUACUCCAAUGCUGUGGUCUCUAACAAUGGCGAGGUGGCCUGGCUCCCUCCCGCCAUCUACAAGUCGGCCUGCAAGAUUGAAGUCCGCGACUUUCCCUUUGACCAGCAGAACUGCACCCUUAAGUUUCGCUCGUGGACGUACGACCACACUGAGAUCGACCUCAUCCUCCUGAGUGACUUUGCCAGCCGCGACGAUUUCAAACCCAGCGGCGAGUGGGAUAUUGUGUCACUGCCAGGACGCAAGAAUGAAGACCCAGAUGACAUCAGGUACCUGGACAUCACUUAUGACUUCAUCAUUAAGAGAAAACCUCUCUUCUACACCAUCAACCUGAUCAUCCCCUGUAUUCUGAUCACAUCUUUGGCCAUUCUGGUCUUCUACCUGCCAUCAGACUGUGGUGAGAAGAUGACGCUUUGCAUCUCUGUGCUCCUGGCCCUCACUGUGUUUUUACUUCUUAUCUCAAAGAUUGUGCCACCCACAUCUUUAGCAGUGCCUCUGAUCGGGAAGUACCUGAUGUUUACUAUGGUGUUGGUCACCUUUUCCAUCGUCACCAGUGUUUGUGUGCUCAACGUCCACCAUCGCUCCCCUAGUACGCACACCAUGCCUCCUUGGGUCAAACGCAUCUUUAUGUAUCAACUUCCCUCCUAUCUUUUCAUGCGAAGACCUGGAAGAUCCAACAUACGUGAGAAGUUCCGGAAAAAAUACCAACAACAAUCGUACUCUGAGAAGAAAGCGGGUGCAGAUGCGGGGACAGGUUCUGUGGGACUGGCAGACUCCUCGUCAUCCUUCUACGUCAACGAGGAGUCGGCCAAACGCUGGCCGUUCAGCGACUUUGCCGACAACACAGAGUUCAGGAAGAGGACGACACUGAAAAGCAGCAUUGAUGUGGAGGAUGCCGUGGACGGCGUGCGCUACAUUGCCGACAAAAUGAAGAGUGAGGACGACGAUGAAGGGAUCAUUGAGGAUUGGAAGUACGUGGCGAUGGUGAUUGACCGCCUCUUCCUGUGGAUCUUUGUUUGUGUAUGUGUGGUGGGAACCGUGGGCCUCUUCAUGCAGCCUCUGUUCCAGAGUUACAACACCCCCAUUGUUGAAGACAUGGACCAGAACUGAAGGGUGACACCUGAACUUGGAAAAAAAGUCAACCUUAAUUCUUACCCUCCUCUUCAAAGCGCCAAGCCAAUCUUUUUAUCACAUGACUUUACUUACAGUAUGUCCUCCUCACCUGACACUCUGAUGCACUUUAGCCCUCUUCCUCCAGCACCUAUUUGCCACCUGACCUCACUCUCCAGCCUUUUCAACCUCAACUUGUCCUGCCAUAUUCUGAUCCAACAGGAGAUAUAAGAUGUAUCUAGUUUUGAUGAAGAAACUGCUGGGUUUGUUGGUCUCAGUUGAUCCAAGUCAGUAAUAGUGUAACUCAGGUUUACAGGUUUUUGCUGAUCUUUGGGACCAAUUUUAGCAUCAUUGGGUCAAAAUUGAGCUUCCUUUUAUGACCCCCUGAUUCCAUUAUUAAUUCAUAUUGACAUUACCUAGUAACCUAGUUCAUCUUAAGGGUGU